GUCUCCUCCUGCCUAAGCCCGAAGUCAUUUGGAACAAGCCUGGCAAAUCAUUUGGGAGGUCAAGCCAGGCCACACCACCGGGGAUGUGAAAGCUGGCUACACCUGCCAGAAUGGUGCCAGGCCCUCCAAAGAAAUCCGAUGAGAACCUCUACAUGGAGUGUGAGCCCAGUCCAGUCCCAGCCUUGACCCGAACUCUGAGCUCUCAAGUGCUGAUGCCCCCAGUCCCCCUGCCAAGGACAUCAGUGGUGCCCAGGCCCACCGUAGCCCCCCAGGAAGCUCGGAAUGGAGCUGCGAACGCCACUUCUAAAGCAGGAAGGAGGUCCUCUUUUUCCUUUACAGCACCCACCCGGAGCCCCUCAGCUGCUGAGGAUGGGGCCUACACUGUGCGCCCCAGCUCAGAGCCUCGUGGCUCGCAGCCCCUUACCCUGGCAGUACUUCUCCACGGCCGGGUCUUCAACAUUCCCAUCCGGCGGCUGGGCGAUGGGAGCCACUACGCCCUGGGCCGGGAGGGCAGGAACCACGAGGAGCUGUUCUCCUCCGUGGCUGCCAUGGUCCAGCACUACACACAGCACCCCCUGCCCCUUGUGGACAGACACAGCGGUAGCCGGCUGCUCACCUGCCUGCUCUUCCCCACCAGGCCCUGACGCCAAAGCUGAUUGUACACAGCCACUGCCGGCCCCAUAGUUUGCGCCUCCCUCUGGUCCCUCCCAAGUCUCCACCCCUCCAGACUCUCCCCCAUCCCCUUGCCCCCAUUCCCCGCAGGCCCGGAUGACAGGUUUUGGGAAAGGUUGCCCAGAGGCAAGGCAGAAAGAGCCCCUGAGACCCCACCCCAUGUUCACCGGAGCCUGGCUCUGCCCUGCUCCGCCGCGCUGCCUCUGCGGGGACUGGAAGCAGGCAUCAGGCGGGGUCCCCAUUCCCUGUCCCCAGGCAUGGCUGUGUCUGCACAGUUUACUAGGGCUUCCCAAGCUGCUUUGGAUGAAAGCCUCCCGGGGAAGGAGAGCCUCAGGGGAACAACCCAGGGUACUCUCCUGACACAAAGAGCAUCCUUUCACAUACUUUUCGGGGCUUAGCCCA